AUGAGAGUUUUAGGCCAUGGGGUUGAUAUAGUACGAAUAGAGCGGUUUCAACGACUUGUCGGUAAAAACCCGUCGGAUGCAUACGUCAAACGUUUGACACGACGCAUCAUGCACGAAGUGCAUGAGGCUCCACAUUUCGAAGCACUAAGAGCAGCCGGUCGGUUUGAGAAAAGUGUGGUGUAUUUGGCAGGUACAUGGGCCAUUAAAGAGGCCAUCUAUAAGAGCAUUGAUGACGCUGAUCAAAAAAAGUUUCAGUUUAACCGCUGGUAUAGGGUGUAUGGUAGUCGAGGACAGCCAAUUGUGGGAAGCGACGUUUUUGACAAAAAUCAACAAUUUCUUGUUAGUGUGUCUCAUGAUGGAGGAACAUUGAUAGCCAGUGUGAUACGGCAAAUGAAAGAAUGCACUUGA